UCAGACAGUGAGAUACAGGGUGAAAGUUUUAUAAGUGGAACUCUUGAUAUCAACGCAGUAAUUCGAGCUUAUCAGGCAAGGGGCCACCUGAUAGCUGACACUGAUCCGUUGAAGCUUCAAAAUCCAGACUCGUAUAAGCUUCAAGGAACCGCGAAUUUACCCCCUGCGAUUGUGGUUCGACAGCAUCUGAAGGGCAUGACGGAAGCUGAUAUGAACAAAGAGUUUCCUCUCGCUCCGUUCACUGUCAUCGGUGGACCUAAACGAAGCCUUUCUUUGAGAGAGAUAUUGACCAGGUUGAACCAGGUCUACUGCGGUCAUUUGGGUCUCGAGUACACCUACAUCCACGAUCUUUUUAUGUUAGAUUGGCUGAGAGAUAGAAUCGAGAUACCAGGCGCUUGGGAUAUGCCUGUCGAGCGGAGAAAGGGUGUUUGGAUGAAUAUUAUGAGAGCAGUUACAUUCGAAAGCUUCUUGGCUAGAAAAUAUCCCACUGAGAAGAGGUUUGGUCUGGAGGGCUGCGAAGCUUUCAUAACGUCGAUGAUAGAAUGCUUGGAAACGUCAGCUGAACACGGGGUGGAGACUGCUGUGAUUGGAAUGGCUCAUCGCGGACGAUUGAAUACUUUGAUCAAUGUUUGCCACAAACCGUUGCAUCAAUUAGUGACUCAGUUCAAUCCGGUCUCUUUGGAAGGUUUCGGCUCGGGGGAUGUGAAGUACCAUUUGGGAACGCAUUCGGAACGAGUGUUAGACAGGACUAAAAAGAAGAUUCAUGUCGCUAUGAUGGCUAAUCCUUCUCAUUUGGAGGCCAUUGAUCCUGUGAUAGUUGGUCGUGUUCGUGCAGAACAAGUUGAAAAAAAGGACGCCACACACGGUACGAAAUCGAUAGCCAUUUUGGUGCACGGCGACGCUGCCUUCGCAGGUCAGGGUGUCGUUUAUGAAACGAUGCAUUUAACUAAUCUACCACAGUACACCACCGGUGGUGUCAUCCACCUUGUCAUUAAUAAUCAAAUCGGAUUUACCACCGAUCCACGGUACUCUCGAUCGAGUGCACAUUGCACAGACGUGGCUCGUGUUGUAAAUGCGCCCAUAUUUCACAUACACGGUGAUGAUCCUGAUUUGGUGACUUAUUGUAGCAAAGUAGCCUGCGAUUACAGGGCGCAGUUUCACAAUGAUGUCGUGUUGGAUGUCGUUGGAUACAGAAGAUUUGGUCACAAUGAAUUGGAUGAACCAAUGUUGACUCAACCGUUGAUGUACAAACAGAUCAAACAACAUCCGAACGUGCUGACUAUUUACACUGAUAAAUUAUUAAAGGAAGGAGUGAUCACCGAAGCAUAUAUCAAAGAAGAGACAGACAAAUAUCUGCACUAUUGCGAAACGGAGUUCAAAAAGGCAAAAACGGUAGAUUCCAUGCAAUUGAGCGACUGGCACGAUAUACCAUGGAACGAUUUCUUUGCCAAUCAGAGUCCUCAAAAUAAAAUACCACCGACUGGUAUUGAUAGGGAAACCAUUCUAACGAUCUGCAAGGCUAUAUCUACUCCUCCUACAGAUAUCGAGGCUCAUAAUCAAGUGAUGAGGGUAAUGGACAAAAGGGCACAGUUAAUGGAGUCCCGUAAGGCGGACUGGGGGAUGGGAGAGUGCCUAGCGUUUCUCAGUUUAUUAAAAGAUGGUCAUCAUGUGAGAUUAUCCGGGGAGGAUGUCGAACGAGGCACGUUCUCGCAUCGUAUACACGUUAUUCAUGAUCAGAGCAGAGACAAAACGUACAAAAAUAUUUUGCACGAUGUAUUUCCUGGACAAGCACUCUAUACCGUGACCAACUCAUCGUUAUCAGAGUACGGUGUUUGUGGAUUCGAAUUAGGAUAUUCAGCGUACAAUCAUAAUUCUUUGGUAAUUUGGGAAGGUCAGUUUGGUGACUUUGUAAAUACUUGCCAGGUUGUCCCGGAUACACUUUUAUGCGCUGGACAAUCGAAAUGGGGGAGACAAGUAGGACUGGUCCUUCUGUUACCUCAUGGAAUGGAAGGUCAAGGACCUGAACAUUCGUCCGGAAGGGUUGAACGUUUCCUUAAACUCUGCGAUGAUGAUGUUGUCUAUCUGCCUGGAAAGGAACCAGGAGCACCUCCCGAUGAAACUGUGGAGCAGAUCAUGACUAGGCAAUUGUUCGAAAUAAAUUGGAUCGUUUGCAAUUUGACUACCCCUGCCAAUCUUUUCCAUGCGCUUCGUCGUCAAAUUCUUAUGCCUUUUAGAAAACCAUUGAUUAUCAUGACACCUAAAUCUUUACUACGACAUCCUAUGGCUCUGUCAUCUUUUCAAGAAAUGGAAACCGGAACUUCCUUCGCACCCCUCCUCCCUGACCCCUCCGUCAAACCGGGAAACAUAGAAAAGGUGUUACUCUGCAGUGGAAAGGUAUUCUAUGAUUUACUGGCGGAACGUCAGGGGAAACAGUUGGAGGACAAAAUAGCGAUCAUUCGUAUCGAACAACUUUGCCCAUUUCCGUACCACCUGCUUGCCCAGGAAAUGGCGAAAUACCCGAACGCUAAGAUAAUGUGGUUGCAAGAAGAACACAAGAACCAAGGCCCCUAUUCCUACGUAAGGGACAGGAUAGCCUUAGCCCUAGGGAUCCGUCUGGAGGAUAUUGCUUACGGUGGUCGGCCACCAUCAGCAGCUCCUGCGACUGGCAGUAAAGUUAUUUACAAAAAGGAGUACGACGACAUGAUUGCGGUCGCUUUGAAACUGGAUUGACUUGAAAAAGCUAUUCAACUUCGAACCUCGUACACGUAUCCCGUAAACCCGGAAAUGGGCGAGGUAUCGAGAUAAGUUGUGCUAAUAAAUGAGCAAAUAAUCAGUGAUGAA